AUGUGGGGUCCCAGGUGCGUGGUCUCAGUCGAAGAAGGCGGAGGCAGGGACGAGGCGACGAGCCCGGAGCGCUUUUCCUCAACCAAUAUGUUCCAGGCGCGUGCUCGGAGGCCGGCGCAAUAUGGGGUUCCAGGCGCGUGGUCUCAGCCCGAAGAAGGCGGAGGCGGGGACGAGGCCGGAGCUGGGGUCCCAGGUGCGAAAGCGGAGGCGGGGACGAGGCCGGAGCGCUUAUCCUCGACCAACGUGGAGUCCCAGGUACGCUAUCUCGGCCCGAAGAAGGUGAAGGUGGGGUGCUUGAAGCCAGAAGAAGGCGAGCUUCAAGAGGAGGCGACAACAAUCUCGAAGGACUUACUCUCAGAAUACGUUCUCGGCGCGUGGUCUCAACCUGAAGAAGACAGAGGCGGCGACAAGGCCGGAGUGCCUAUCCUCAAUCAAUAUGGGGUCCCAGGUGCGCGGUCUCAACUUGAAGAGGAUGGAGGCGGGAACCAGGACGGAGGCGAGGAGAGGCCGGAGUGCCUAUCCUCAACCAAGAUAGGGAAGCUCAAGCUGAAGAAGACAGAGGUGUGGAAGUUCAAGCUGAAGAAGACACAGGCGUGGAAGCUCAAGCUUAAGAAGGGCAAGGACAAGGUGCGUAUCCUCAAGAAGAAGAAGGCCGGGAGCGGGAACGAAGCCGUGCAGGCUCGCCUGCAUGGUGUCCCAGGUACGUGCGUGGUCUCAGUCGAAGAAGGCGGAGGCAGGGACGAGGCCGGAGCACUCAUCCUCAACCAAUAUGGGGUCCCAGGCGCGUGCUCGGAGGCGGGAGCGCUUAUCCUCAACCAAUAUGGGGUCCCAGGCGCGUGGUCUCAGCCCGAAGAAGGCGGAGGCGGGGACGAGGCCGGAGCGCUUAUCCUCGACCAACGUGGAGUCCCAGGUACGCGAUCUCGGCCCGAAGAAGGUGAAGGUGGGGACGAGGGCGGAGCACUUAUCCUCAACCGAUAUGGGGUCCUAGGUGCGCGCCCUACCGCAGCGUGCAUCAGUGCCAGGUGCUUGAAGCCAGAAGAAGGCGAGCUUCAAGAGGAGGCGACAACAGGCUCGAAGGACUUACUCUCAGAAUACGUUCUCGGCGCGUGGUCUCAACCUGAAGAAGACGGAGGCGGCGACAAGGCCGGAUCGCCUAUCCUCAACUGUCAUGGGUUCCCAGGUUCGUGGUCUGGAGAGAACAGAAGCCGAGACCAGGCCGGAGUGCCUAUCCUCAAGCAAUAUGGGGUCCCAGGUGCGCGGUCUCAACUUGAAGAGGAUGGAGGCGGGAACCAGGCCGGAGCACUUGUCCUCAACCAAUAUCGGGUCCGAGGUGCGUGGUCUCAACUCGAACAGGACGGAGGCGAGGAGAGGCCGGAGUACCUAUGCAAGGACAAGGCUGGGAGGGCCCAUCCUCAACCAACAUGGGGUUCCGAGGUGCGGAAGUUCAAGCUGAAGAAGACACAGGUGUGGAAGUUCAAGCUGAAGAAGACAGAG